ACUAUGGGCAAGAGUCAUUUAUUAUUAUUUCGACCCUUGGUCCUUACUCCUUAGUGAUGCUCAAGAGUUUAGUUUAUUAAAUAAAAUCGUCACUAACAUAAUAAUUCGAAUAUAAUAUUGAUUAGAAAGUGGAAACUAGUGUAGAGUUUCCUCAAACAUUCUCCAUACAUAAAUACUGAUGAUUUGGCCCAUGCACAUAUUCAUAACACUCACCUUCAUUCCUCUAAAAUCUUCUCUACUUAUUAUUCUCUUGUAGAAGAAAUAAGAUUCUUGAUUUGACUGGAAAGUUUCAAGAAAUGGGUGUCGUGAGGAACCUUUGUUCUCUUAAAUUUGAAGUAAAAAUCGUGGAAGCGAGAAACGUAGAGCUCAAGUCAUCACCAAGCUCUCUCUUCAUUAGAUUCUAUCUCCAUGCAGGAAGUAACCGUAAGGUUGAACUAAACACUACAGAGAUCUGUUCAAGACCAGACAACGAUGUCACGAUAUGGAACCAAUCAUUCGGUUUGGAGUGCCAAGGGGACGAAACCGCCAUCGAGGAACUGAAGCAAGAAAGCGUCCUUUUCGAGCUGCGAAGAAGGAAAACGACAUCGUUUAUGGGUAAAUGGUCGAGAUCAGAGUUGGUGGGUAGAGGAGAGGUUUCUUGGAAAUCGGUUAUGGAGUCGGAUGGGAUGGAAAUAGAGAGAUUUGUAGUGAUGGGUGAGAAGAAAGAUGGAGAAGAUUGUAAUAAGCCUCUUAUGUUGAAGAUAGGUUUGAAACUUCAAGCUUCAAAGUUGGUGAACACUAAGAGAGUUGAAGAUCUUUGUGGGUGUAAAGAUUGUAAGACAUGUGAUUGCUUAGAUUAUGAAGCUUUUGUUGUGGCAUGUGCGUUAGAUGGUAUCUAGUUUGUAAUAAAUAAGAUCUAAUUCAAACUAAUUUGAAUGAGUCGUUAUAAAUAAUAUUUUUAUAUGA